CGGGACUGGAUUUGAGAAAAAGAGAAGUCAAUGUUGUAUGCCGUGUAUAAAUGGUGCAUGUAGAUUUUGGACCAACGCUAACAUGACUGAAACGCGUAUCUAGCUCCGAUAUGGCUUGAUAACAUGAUUAUGGUUUCUCAAAUGGUUCGCCCCUGAUGAAGAAUUGGGAAAUCAGUUAAUAGACGUUUGCAACCAAUAGGAGCAGUCGUAGCCUCCGUGAGGUUUCAGAUAGGAAGAAAUGAAAAGACAUUUCGGUCUCUUUCAAUACAUUAAGUGGGUGAUGAAUGGAAAUGAACUGCGAAGGGUAUUUUUUAACCAAUAUUUUAUCUAGUUGUAAAAAACUUAAGGGUUUUAAAGAAAACAUGUCUGCAUUUUAAGUUAUGAUGUUAACGUAGUGUUAAGAUGUUAAAGAUGCAAAAAUGAGGAGAAUAAUAAAAAUGAAUGGUGGAAAGUUGGUAGCGUUCGUAUACUUGGUGCACCUUGUUGCAGCUCAAGACACAAUGUUUGCAGACGACAAUUACGAUGACGUAAACGAUGGAAUUGAUAAUAAGGGAUGUAACUGUUUAGACGAUUUAAUAAAAAUAGACGAAAUGGUGAAAAAGAAGCUCAUCAAUUUCGAAAAACGUCUCAUGUCAAAUAUGGAUUACAAAAAUCGUCAACUAUCUAAAAAACUAGACGCCCAGACUCAAAUAAAUCGAGAUUUGGAACAUGAACUAAGACGCCUUAGGAAGGAGGUUAAUAGAAUUAAAAAGACUGAUGAAAAACAACAAGAAAACCUACAAACUUUAAGACAGCAUCUACACCAGCACAAAUCCAGUAUAGAUACUCUAAACAUGAAUAAUGCAGGUAUAAAGUUAAGUUUAGAAAACAUAUCUACAAUACUAGGUAAUCUACAACCUGGAGAGAUACAUGUAUCUACAAGUUCGCCAGUUAUUUCCACCCCGCGGAGCAAGGAAACUACUACUGAACCAUAUAACUCUCUAUUCCCCAGAGAUUGUCAAGAUGUAUACGACACAGGAGGUAUGCGAUAUCCCGGCGAUUAUUACAUCAUGCUGCAGCCUAAGACUACAAUUGAGCCAUUUAAAGCAUGUUGUAGAAUGACCAAUGAAUCUGGUUGGACAGUGAUUCAGCGGAGACAGGAUGGCAGCAUAGACUUCUUCCAGGACUGGGCCUCAUACAAAAACGGCUUUGGUAAUCUCGAAGGAGAGUUCUGGCUGGGGAACGAUCAUAUUCAUGAGCUCACAUCGCAAGGAAACUACAAACUGCGGAUUGAUAUGGAAGAUUGGGACGGUCAUCGGUAUUUCUCGGAAUACGAUAGUUUCAUGAUCGAUAACGAAGACGAUCUCUAUAGACUACACAUUCGUGGUUACCAUGGCAACGCAGGGGAUUCCCUGACGCCAUACUGGGAUAACCAUAACAACCAACCGUUUAGUACCAAAGAUAUGGACAACGAUGAACGUUACUACGACAACUGUGCUGAGCAUUACCAUGGAGCUUGGUGGUUCAAAAGUUGUUUUAAAUCACAUUUAAAUGGGAUAUACUACCAAAAAGGUUCCCACAGUGACUUCUUUGUUAGAAACGGAAUACAGUGGGAUACAAUACACCGCCAUUCCUCGUUAAAAUAUGUAGUGAUGAUGAUAAAACCAUACAAGGUCAUACUCGACAGUGAUUCUAAUUUAGACAGUUCAAUCAACGAAGUGUAAUGUCGUUCAGUUUGAACUAGUUUCAUCAGUACCAAUAUGUUCAAUACAGCCUCGGCAAGGUUAUCUUCAAUCCCCGGGUAACCAUGUGAAAUGGACGAAAAGCGUCUAAUGUGUCCAGUACUGAAAGGACCGUGGGCACAGUUUGGUUCAUUCAGCCGAAAUGAGGUUUUAUCAGUGCGUUGUCUCUGAUUACGUUACACCCAUUAAUAAUUACUAACUGAAUGUUUGACGUUUCAAUUUGAAGGCCUAAAUGACGUAUACGACGUCCAAUCAACGUUGACUUGAUUGUAGAAAGUCAGAAAAGUCUUGUGAAAAUAAAUACUAGUAACCUCAAUUCCAAGCAGCACCAUGCUAUUCCAACAGACGUGCAGAUUAAGAAGGAUGAAUCUUUAAAUAUACUAUGUUUAAUGUUUUACCAAUAUGUGGUAACGUUCUAUCGUAGCAGAAAAUAGGAUAACAUUCCAAUGGCGAUGGGAAGUUAUCUAGAACGUUCAAAAAUGACUUGGAACUACGUUGUUA